UUGAGUCCUGAAGAUAGUCACCCAAGGAGCUUUCAGUUUAAUGGUAUAUAGAAAUUACUCCCGCUGUCCCAUAAUGUAAGACGUUUUUUGACACAGUAGUUAAGUGACAGAAUGUCCCUGUGGGUUCCAGCCAACCUAAAAUUUCUCAGAGCACAUAGCAUGAUAUGAAGGAUGGCAAUAUUAUACAAUUACAGGAGCAGGGAAUGACUAAUUUUCAAGACCAAAAAACAAGAAUUUAUAUGUUCAUCUAUUGGAUAGAUAAGCAAAAAUGCAUUUGAAUCUCAGUUUUUAUGACGCUGUAAGUCCAGAACAGAUAUAGUUACUGUUCAAACUUUGUAUGUUGGCUUUUCGAAAAGGAAAAUGGCUGUGCUGAAAUUGUCAUUUCAAACUCAACUGCAGGACCUUAGUCACAUUAUGCCUGUUUCUGUUUGAGCAUUUAGUCCCGUGGGCUAGAUCUCGAUUGGAAGAAUAACAAACAAUCAUAUCCGAGAAUAUAUGAAAACAAAAACUAAAGUCAAUCUGCCACCUCAUCUUCAUCUAAACUACCACUCUAUUUUUUUAAGGAUGAACUAGGCUUGGUUCUGUAUUCCAGAUGUCGGGAUGCAUUGAAAUAAACCACACACCUGUACCACUAAUUUGCUUCAAAAGCCUCUACUCGAUAAAAGCACUAUCAAGCAACAAAUUAUUAAAUUGGAAGAUGGCAAUGAACAGGUGUCAAUAGAAAUCCGGUAACCACUUUAUAUCAUUGUGGUAUAUUAAUAUUCCCAACCAAUCAUGGUCAGAAACCCGCUUUUGCCAUUCAUAUUAAUUAGUAGAUCAUGGCUGCAAAUACCAUUAAAAUAAAAUCAUUUCUAGUAUGUAUGCUCUAACUUGUAUACAGCAGCAAAAUAUGACACUGGCAAGUACUGGACCUGUUAGGAGGGCUAAGGCAGGGGCCAAAGGGCUUAGGGUCAUCCCUGCCCUCCUCCUGGGACGUCCAUUGAUACAUUUGUAACACCGUUGUACUAGCCUCUUAGGAGGAUGCCCCCCCCCCUUUUCAAUGCAAUGAAACGCAAAGGCUUUUGCGUUUUCUCAAAAAAAAAAGUACUGGACCUUUUGAUGCUUACUUAUCCCAUUUGCCUAGAACUAUUAUUGAGGAAGAGGGAGGGAACUUUUUUGUUGAGCCUGAAGAACAUAAGUUUUGCCAAUCUGAAAGACAAGUCAAAAAGGCAAUCAACUUUUCACUAAGAACGUAUCAUGUCUAUGGUUCCAGAUAUAGGGAAUAAGUAAGCGUGGCCAUCAGAUUUUAUUCCAUCGAUGUGGAAUUGCAUUGGACACUCCUUCAAUUAGUGUAGGCUUAGAGAGUGGACAGGCCUAAAUAUUUCCAGUGAUGGCGACCAAUAUCAUACUCUACCUUAAAGUUAGAUUCCAAGGCGUCUGGAGCUCAUAACUCCUGAUAUCAUGAAUGCCUUCAGCACUUUGAUUGUUAGUAUAUAUAGGGCAUGCACCUGCACUCAUCAGUUCACCCAAGUUCACAUCUCAAACUAAGUUAGCUUGUCCAGAGCCCAACUCAAACUAAGUUGGCUUGUCCAGAACCCAACCCAUUCUUACUCAACCCCCGAAGAUUGUUAAUCUUCACUAACCAUGUCAAGGGAGGCACUUGCCAUAGGACAUGUUGUUGGGGAUAUUUUGGACCCAUUUGUCAAAGCAGCAUCACUUAAGGUUAUGUACAACGGCAAGGAACUAACCAAUGGUUCUGAGCUCAAGCCGUCACAAGUAGCAACUGAACCAAGGAUUGACAUUGCUGGGCGCGACAUGAGGAACCUUUACACUCUGGUGAUGGUGGAUCCUGACUCGCCAAGUCCAAGCAACCCAACAAAAAGAGAAUACCUUCACUGGUUGGUGACAGACAUCCCAGAAUCAACGAAUGCCAGUUAUGGAAAUGAAGUCGUCAGUUAUGAAAGCCCAAAACCAACUGCAGGAAUACAUCGUUUUGCUUUUAUACUCUUCCGCCAAUCCGUCCGGCAAACAAUAUAUGCACCAGGAUGGAGACCAAAUUUCAAUACAAGAGACUUCUCCGCACUUUAUGCUCUUGGACCCCCUGUGGCAGCAGUGUUCUUCAAUUGCCAAAGGGAGAACGGAUGUGGAGGCAGGCGAUACAUUAGAUAAAUAUGGAAGCAUUAUUAUUACCCAUCCUCUAAAGGCAGGAUGUUUAACUAAAAUGUGAGAACAUAAACAAGGUCCACAUCGCAAGGCAAUAGUAAAUGCUGGACCGUACCAUUUCAUGUAUCUUAGUUAAAAAUUUACAAUGCCAUGUAUGCAAGUACUAAACAGGGUGCUUUCAGAAUGAAUUUAACUACAGUCAUGCAAGUACUAAACAGGGUGCUUUUGGAGUGAAUUU